AGCUUGGACAGACAGACACCAGAUUUAUUAGCCAUUUCAUAAUACUAUAUUUUUUGCAUUUAAAAUUUAGAUUAUAUAUAUGUUGUAUGUUAUUGCUCUUAUUUUUUCUGUUAUUUUUCUUUACAGAUUAAGCCAUAAUGACUCGAAGUUCACUCUUUCAAGUUAUCAUGCUAUUUUUCAUUCUACACUUUGAAGAAGAGGCUCUGGCUUUCAAGUAUAUGCUAACUAGUUCCUUUACCCACCAGGAAAUAACAGAAAAGGCAAUUUUACAAACAACAGCAGAAGUCUGUAGGGUUCAGGCACUUCAACAAGGAAGGAAUUUUGUGCAGCCAGAUGUAUUGACAGUUGAGUCUCUGACAGAAGCUUGCUCAUCUCCUACAUCUGUCAAAGGUUUCGAACAAGCUAUUAAUACAGUUUGUGAUAGUAAUGCAAGGAUUGACAAAGACAAACCAACGGACGGAAAAUACCACUUUGAUGAUGAGAAGUUUUUGGAGGGCUGGUAUCUCAUCAAAGAAGGUGUUGCAGCUGUUAAAUAUGCUGCAGAUAAGAUGAACUACGAAACGGCAAGAGAGAGAUUGGGUGAGAUUCUGCAUACUAUACAGGAUUUUUACAGUCACAGCAACUGGAUAGAACUAGGAAACCUGUUUCCAUACUCAAACUUGAUCAGACCUGAUAAGACUAUAGAAAAUAUUGCAGGAAUUGAAACUGCCACUUGUAGGAACUGUGAUGAUAACUGUAAAGACAACAUUCUGAACAACAUCAUAAAAGAAAAAAAACUGACAUCAGGAUACUUUGGAUUUUCCAAACCACCAGGAAAGUGUAGCCAUGGAGACUUCUUAGACGUUUCAAGUUUGUUUGAACCUAAAGGUGGAAUCAAUAAAGACACACGAUCAUCCAAGCAUGGUCACCUUCAUGACAGUGCUUCAACAGUAGCCAUUGCUGCCACCAGAGAACUACUGGAAGACAUAAGAAGUUACUUGGGAGACUCAAAUUUUUUGAGAUUCAUGGGAUUCUCUCAGAAUUCAGUUCUUUGCUUUACUAUUGACACUACAGGCAGCAGGGAUGACAUUGAAGAAGUAAAACGAGUCACUUCUGAGACCACAGACAGGAUGAGAGACACUGUAUCAGAGUACAUUCUGGUGCCAUUUAAUGACCCUGACUUUGGACCACUGAUAAGAACAACAGAUCCUGAUGAUUUCAAAUUACAAAUUAAUGCUCUUCGGCCCCAUGAUGGAGGAGACACACCAGAGCUCUGCCUUUCAGGACUCCAGCUGGCUCUGACUGGUUCACCUCCCCAGACUAAAAUAUUUGUUUUCACGGAUGCCGAUGCAAAGGACUUACAAUUAAAAAAUACUGUGUUGGCACUGAUUGAAAGCACAAAGUCUGUGAUAAACUUCAUGUUGACAAAUGGUCUUGCUGCUCGUCGAAGAAGACGUGAGGACCUGAAUCUAGGGCAGAACCAGCAGUACUCCACCAGGAUCUCCAAUCCCUUAAAUGAGGUCUAUGUAGAUUUGGCUCUGGCUUCUGGAGGGCAGGCGAUUGAAGUUACAAAAGCAACACUUCCCCAAGCCACCAGCAUUAUAGCGGACGCUUCCACAUCUGCUCUAGUAACUGUUUUUCAAACUGUAAUUAACCAAGGAAAAGGAGAAAACUUCUCUUUCACCGUGGACUCCUCGCUGAAAAAUUUGACAGUCUAUAUUACAGGAAGUUAUCUAGUGUUCAACAUCACAAGCCCAUCAGGGGUUUCUCAGACCAAUGAAGAAUUAAGUGGAAAACUGGGCUUGGUUGAGCAUGUGGGUAACUUUUACAGGGUGCGUCUGACUAUACCUGAUCCAGCAGGCCUUUGGAACAUUAAUAUUAACUCAUCACAGUCCUACACCAUCAAAAUCGUUGGUCAAAGUGACAUCGACUUCCUCUUCAAUUUUGUGGAGCUAAGUGAUGGUGCUCAUUCAGGCUACAGUGUAUUAAGGGGCAGACCCACAGCAAACAAUAACGUCACACUACUGCUUACUGUUCUGGGUGGGGACUCUGUUAUCCCUACAGAGGUGGCUUUUGUGGAAGCUACAGGAUCCAAGACUAUUACUGGAACCUUAGAAAAGGUUGCAGGACGGAAUUUCUUAGUCACAAUGAACAGUGUGCCAGCAGGAGAAUUUGUUGUACGUUUAACAGGGGAAAGGAGUUCCUCACGUUCAUCAAAUGAUCGCUUUCAGAGACAGUCUGUCACUCAACACAGAGCUUCCAGUCUGGUUAUUACUGCUCAGACAGAUGAGGUGUGGGAACCUGGGAAGACAUUGAACAUCCCUUUCAAAGUGUUGAACAGUGGCUCUUCUGAGCUCUUUAACAUUAAUGCCAGGAACAACCGUGGGUUUGUCACAGUAUUUCCCAGCAACAUGUCUGUUGGAAGUGGGAAUAGUGGAAAUGGCACCGUAAAUAUCACAGCGCCCUUAAACACUCCUUCAGGCACUGAAGUAACUCUCACCAUUGAGGCAGAAACAACUGAGAAAAGCGAUUUCAACUAUGCUGUGCUUAAGCUUGUGAUUGCUUCUCCGAGUACAGAUGUGACAUCUCCAGUCUGUGAGAUUGUUAGCAUAAAAGCUAACUGCUCAGGCAACUGUAGCCUGUCGUCAUGGAAUCUCUCAGCCAAACUUACAGAUGGAAAUGGGACUGGUAUCGUAUCUGUGACUCUGCGUCAGGGUCUUGGAACCCUCAACACUAGCACCACAAUCGGAGAUGGAGAUGUGAACGUCACUUCUGUGUUCUACAGUGCCUCUUGUUGUUCUGAAGUAAUGGAACUGGUUGCUGUAGACGGGGCUGGAAAUGUUGGCAUUUGCUCAAGGUCAGUAACAUCCGCUGUCACCACCACAACCUACACAACCAUGUCUACAUCUACUACAACAAACAGCAUGACUACAGCAACAGCAGCAACAACAACAGCUACAACAACAGUAAUGAUGACUUCCUCUACUUCCAUUAAUUCCACGACCAACAGUGCUAGAUGCCCUUUUAUUCACCCAUGAUUUUUUGGGUUAGUGUUGGAGCUAUUCUGUUUUUCCAUGUGUUAUGCUUCUAAACAUUUUAUGCUAGUUGCCUUUACACUAACAUUCUAUCCGUCCUGUCAAUUUUUUUUUUAAAUUGUCAACAUGUGGUAUAAAAUUUUCUAUUAAUUCCUGUAAUAAUUGAUAAAUGUACAUGUACACGUAAUUGAUGUACAACUAAGAUAAUCAAUUUCAGAUCCAAUUUUACCAGGCUGGUGGAUUGAUUUUUUUUUUUUUUUGGUGAUGGUAUUAUAAUUUAUACUGAUGAUUUUUAAUCACACAAAUCAAAUGUCUGUUCACAUUUUUCCAUAUUAAACUA